AUGAGUUUCGCUUCGGAGCUACCCGGUGGGCAAGCGCAGCAUGAGGAGCCACUGCCUUUCGGCGAGUCACGGCCGCCGCCUCCGAAGACUUUGCGAGCACUGGGCACCAGACCCGUGGGACUGCGCCUUUCGCUGCCAAACGGUUCCGGCUCGGACACCCUUCAGGCACGGCAGCCAGAACAGAAAAGCGGACUGCCUCUCGACAGUCUUCCUGGUCCAAGCCUGCCAGCAUUGCCAGUGGAUGGGAGCAGCGGUCUCCCAAAUGGCGGUUCGGUUGGCCACAUCAGCCAGUCCAGGGCAUUGUCUCCCAAGCAUGAGCACCCACCAGCCACAGCAAUGUGGAAAGACGGGCCAGCGCAUGGUAGCCAUGUUACCAUGCCAAGCAUGAGCUACUACGGUUUUCCGGACGUGGAGCGCAAGCCCUCGGCAAUCAACACACUUUGCAUCCAACCUUGGAAAGCUCUUCCCGAAGUGGAGACUGCAGCCAUGGAGGUUGGAUGA